AUGCUUAUCUUUUUGUACACAAUCCUUUGCCAUGACCUUUAUGCAAAGGCAGAAAACAAACUUUGCCGAAUGAUUGGAGAUCCUAAAUACCCAUUGCUUUCCAAGGAUGGAGAACUGACUAUUGGAGGACUGUUUGCAAUCCACAGAGAGGAAACAUUACCUUCAUUUGAGUUCACACAAAAACCUCAGCUUCUGUCAUGCUCCAGUGUGAAUCUAAGAGAUUUUCGGAUGGCUCAAAUUAUGACAUUUGCCAUUGAAGAGAUUAAUAGAAGUGAAACUCUUCUCCCAAAUGUUUCUAUUGGCUAUAGAAUCUAUGAUACCUGUGGUUCAAGAUUGUCUUCUAUGAGUGCAAAUAUGGCAGUGAUGAAUGGACAUGAAUUUGAAUCAAGAAACAUAUGCAAUGGACAAACUCCUAUACAUGCUAUCAUAGGAGAUACAGAGUCUUCCACAACAGUUUAUCUCUCCAGAACCACAGGACCUUAUAAAAUCCCAGUGAUAAGUCCUUUAGCCACAUGUGAAUGUCUCAGUAAUAGGAAAGAAUACCCAUCAUUCUUCAGAACUAUUGCUAGUGAUUAUCACCAGAGCAGAGCACUUGCACACUUAGUCAAACAGUUUGGCUGGUCUUGGAUUGGAGCUGUGAACAGUGACAAUGACUAUGGAAACAAUGGAAUGGCCAAAUUUCUGAAAACAGCCCAAGAUGAGGGGAUUUGUGUAGAGUACUCUGUGAAAUUCUACAGAACAGAGCCUGAUAAAAUCAAACAAGUUGUAGAUAUAAUGAAACAAGGAACUGCAAAAGUGAUUGUUGCAUUUAUAUCAUUUCUUGAUAUGGGAUUUCUAAUCAAACAGUUAAGAAUUCAAAAUGUUACAGGACUCCAAAUGAUUGGUGCUGAAGCAUGGAUAACUGCAAAAGAUUACAUUACUCCAAACAGUUUUCAUGUGAUGGGAGGAUCACUGGGGUUUGCAGUGAGAAAAAUUAAUAUUUAUGGAUUUGCCGAUUAUGUUGUCAAAUCAUUCUGGGAAAAAACUUUUUCAUGCUCACAAAGAGAUGGAAAUGCAUCUAAAGCUGAAUUUAACUGCAGCAGAGAUAAGGAUCUACAUUUGUUCAUGAAUUACAAUGAAGAUGUGCCCGAACAAAGAUAUUCAAGUAAUGUGUACAAAGCAGUGUAUGCUGUGGCCUAUGCACUACACAGUGUGCUGAAGUGCAAAGAAUAUAAAGGUUGUGAAAAAGGCCUGAAAAUACAGCCAAAGCAGGUGGUUGAGGCUCUGAAAAAGGUCAAUUUCACUGUAAAGUUUGGAGAUCGUGUGUGGUUUGAGAGCACUGGUGAAGCAGUCACCCGGUAUGAAGUUGUGAACUGGCAGCAGGACUCUGAAGGAUCAAUUCAGUUUAAAGCAGUGGGUUACUAUGAUGCCUCACUGUCCCCUGAACAGCGCUUUGUGCUUAACACUGAAAACAUCAUCUGGGCUGGAGGACAGCUGGAGAAGCCAAGGUCUGUGUGCAGUGAGAGUUGUCCUCCAGGCACUAGGAAGGCUGUACAGAAAGGAAGACCUGUCUGCUGUUAUGACUGUAUUCCAUGUGCAGAUGGAGAAAUCAGUAAUGAGACAGAUUCAAAUAACUGCAUGCAGUGUCCAGGGGAAUUCUGGUCUAAUGCUGAGAAAAAUAAAUGUGUGUUAAAGACUGUAGAGUUUCUGUCAUUCACAGAAGUUAUGGGUAUAGUGCUGGUCUUUUUUUCACUGUUUGGAGUAGGAAUAACUGUUCUGGUCACAGUUCUGUUUUACAGUAAGAAGGACACCCCCAUAGUAAAAGCCAACAACUCAGAGUUGAGCUUCCUGCUGCUCUUCUCAUUGACUCUGUGUUUUCUCUGUUCACUUACUUUCAUUGGUCGCCCCACUGAGUGGUCCUGUAUGUUACGUCACACAGUGUUUGGGAUCACUUUUGUACUCUGUAUAUCUUGUGUUUUGGGGAAAACAAUAGUUGUGUUAAUGGCCUUUAAGGCUACACUUCCAGGAAGUAAUGUCAUGAAAUGGUUUGGGCCUGUACAACAGAGACUCAGUGUUCUUGCCUUUACACUUAUACAGGGUCUUAUCUGUGUGCUUUGGCUAACAAUAUCUCCUCCUUUUCCCUACAAAAAUAUGAAAUAUUAUAAAGAGAAGAUAAUUUUUGAAUGCAGUCUGGGUUCUACAGUUGGUUUCUGGGCUGUACUGGGUUAUAUUGGUCUACUGGCUCUCUUGUGCUUCAUUCUGGCUUUUCUGGCUCGGACGCUGCCUGAUAACUUCAAUGAAGCUAAAUUCAUCACAUUCAGUAUGCUCAUAUUCUGUGCUGUGUGGAUCACAUUUAUCCCAUCCUAUGUCAGUUCUCCAGGAAAAUUUACUGUAGCUGUGGAGAUAUUUGCAAUCUUAGCCUCAAGUUUUAGUUUAUUAUUCUGUAUAUUUGCACCUAAAUGUUACAUCAUCCUGUUUAAGCCUCAACAAAAUACUAAGCAAAGUCUGAUGGGAAAAGCACCAAGUAACAAACAUACUAAAUAA